UUUCACACAAAUAUCUAUCCAGCGGUGGAAUAAGCUGCAGCCAAGCUCAGAGUGGAAAACAGAGCAAAGAACUGAGCCAAGAUGCAGAAGCAGCUACCUAUCAACACAGCAAUUCUCGCCUUCCUCUGCUCCUUCACCGUCAUCUCAAACGCCCAGUCGUUGCCGCCGGCCUGGGCCGAUGGGUUCGUCUACGAAAACGGGCCGGUGGGUCCGAACCCAAUUGUGAUCGAGGCGUUCUUCGACCCGGUUUGCUCCGACAGCAGAGACUCGUGGGCGCCUCUCAAGCUAGCUUUGACCCACUACGGCUCUCGCGUCUCCUUGCUCCUUCACCUGCUCCCUUUACCGUACCAUGACAACGCAUAUGUUGCUUCUCGAGCUCUGCAUAUCGCAAACCUGCUCAAUUCUUCAUCCACAUUUCCGUUGCUCGAGCAGUUCUUCAAGUAUCAGGUGAGAAAUUUUAACGAGUUCUUGAAAUGGUACAUAUGA